AUGCUUCUACGGGGAUUCCUCUCAAAACAAUUCCAAGAAACGCGCACGUUUACGCUUGGAGUGCCAGAGAUGAUGUGUGCGGACAAUUCAUGUGCAGUAGUACUGAUCACAAUGGGAGUGCUGCUUGGCCGUAUGACUCCAGUACAGUUCCUGCUGCUUGCGUUUUUCGAGACCAGUUUAUCAGUCCUUGUUGAUCAUGUUAUCGUCAAUAUCCUACAU